UUCCUACAAAAUUUGAGAGUCUUGCUGUGCAGUUGUGUGUUGUGAUUGUUACUUUUUGAAACGGUCUGUGCUCGGAAAAGCUGUUCUGACCCUUCGCUCGCUGAACGGAUACUUUAUUUCAACUAGCAUUUAACGAUUCUUCGCUCGAUUAUUUGAGUUUUUGUACAUUCAAAACGUGACGACUUAGAAGAGAAAAAAGAUCAUGUUUUGUUGUUACAGCCUGCCUCCGAGAUCAGCUGUGACAGUUCUGCCACCAUAAUUCGCCAUUGAGUUAAUGGCAGCUUCGUCUGUUUAUAAGGAGAGUUGCAGAAAAGACUGCUGUAAUUAACAUCAUGGAUAACAGUUCAAAAGGAGAAUUAGAGGAUGGAAGUGUUCCGGAAACCUUGAAACCUCCGCCACGCUCGAAGUCGCGAACAAAGUCAGUGGACGAACUUUUGGCUCAUUUAGAGGAACAGAACAGGUUGUUGAGCAGUGAUUCUAAGGCACUGACCACCAUCCCAGAUGGAGCAUCUCCAAGCCUUGGCAAUAAGAGAUGGUCAGCAUGCAGUACAGGAAGUAACUCUCUAGAUGCUACAUGUGACAGUCCAGAGACACCAGACAACCAUGAUGAGUUGUGUGGCGAAGCAGACACUUAUCACCAAUGGGGACAACUCAUUAACCAUUGGUCUGAUUCUCAGAGGAAGAAACCAAAGUUUAUCAGAGAUAUGGUUAGGCGAGGUGUUCCUAAUGCAUUGCGUGGGAUGGUAUGGCAGUUACUUUGUGAAGCAAGGGAUUCUCCCCUUAGAGAUCAGUACCCCCAGCUUAUUAAGAGCAAUUCAGCAUGUGAACGGAUGAUAAAACGAGAUAUUGCAAGAACCUUUCCUGAUCAUUCAUUCUUUAAAGAUAAAGAUGGUAUUGGUCAAGGAACUCUUUAUAAUGUUAUCAAGGCAUACUCUGUGUGGGAUAAGGAAGUGGGAUAUUGUCAAGGUAGUGCAUUCAUAGUUGGCAUAUUGCUUAUGCAGAUGCCUGAGGAAGAUGCUUUUUGUGUAUUUGUAAAGCUCAUGCAGGAUUAUAGAAUGAGAGAAAUAUUCAAACCCACAAUGGCUGAACUAGGACUUUGCAUAUUUCAGCUGGAAAGCAUGUUGCAGGAACACCUUCCCCUUCUGUUUUCACAUUUUCAAGCCCAGGGAUUCCAUACAGCCAUGUAUGCAUCAUCAUGGUUCUUGACGCUUUUUGCUUCUGUAUUUCCGCUGAAUGCAUCAUUUAGAAUUAUGGAUGUCUUCAUUUGUGAGGGAAGGGAGGGUCUCUUUCGUGUCAUCAUGGCAAUGCUCACCCUUGGCCAAGAUGAGAUACUUGAACUCGAUAUGGAAGGAAUGCUGAAGUAUUUUCAAAAAACCAUGCCAGACAAAUACGAAGAGGACAUGAAUGUUUUGAUGAAAGCAGCUGCAGAAGCCAAAGUGAGCACCAAGAAAUUAAAAAGGCUGGAGAAGGAGUACACGCGUGUAAAACACAAAGAAGCAGAAGACAACGAAGAACUACGACGAUUGAAGACUGAGAAUAGACUACUGCUCCAGAGAAUCGAUGAACUGGAGAAGGAGAGUGCCAGUUUAGCUGACAGAUUAAUACAGGGUCAAAUAACUCGGGCGCAAGAACAAGAAGAAAUCUACGCUCUCAAGCGAGAUCUUGUCCUUUUGAAAAAACACGAUGAGGCAACUACUGCUGCACUUUUAGAGGCCAACAGACGAAUAGAAGAACUCUCAAUGUUUAAGAGUCACAUAAUAAACGAGAUGAGCGGGCGACAGGAUGCCUCUCCUCCCUCCCCACGGGACGUUAAGAUCAUCGCAUUGGAGGCGGAGCUGGAGGAGUACAAAAAGAGAGAAUCUAAAACAAACCAAAUGCUUAAUGAAAUGUCGAGGAGGUCACGAGAUUUAGAAAACGAGCUUUACCUCGCUAAAGAGAGUGCAGAGAAAGCGGCCGUUCCUCAAGUGGAGGAAGAAGUACAGAAAGAUGAAAAAAUUAUUUGAACAACAAUUGGUGGAAAAGAGUCGGAUCGUUUAGCUGAUAUGUAACUGACGCACGCAAGACAUGUGGAACAUUCGUUUUAAGACGAUUAAGUCAUUCAGCUUUCAUAGCUAUCAGGUCUCUUGGAUUGUCAAGGUGCCUUUAUUGAGCCCAGAAUACGAAUAAUUUGUAUUAGAUUGACUUGCGUAUCGCUGUGAUUUCUUUUCUUUUCUUUACAUUGUUUUGUAAGGAUAAGGUCGUUAUGGUCGUCGAGACGGAAGAAGGGAGUUUACAGGUGAAUUACCUGAAUUUGUCUUUUGACUAUGUUCAAAAUGUAAUGAAUAAUGUAAUUUGAUGAUAAAAAGAAUUAAUUUCGUAUUCAUUAUUAAUAGUUCUCAAUGUACUAAAGAAAGAAGGAACUUGGAAUGAUUUGUUUUAAUUUUUCCUUAGUUUUCUCUGGUUUUGAAAUGUUCUUUAUGGGCAAAAUAUGACACAAAAUGUUCAAAGAUAUAUCGAGCUAAAGAGAAACACAAGAAAGAAAAAACAUUCAAUUGUUAUCUGUUCGAAUGCUCUUGUUACAGAGGAGAGUUGUACAAUAGAAAUAAUUAAAUUAAACUGAUAUCCCACGUCGAGAAUUGUAAAAAGCGAAGGCUCGAAAUGUUGAUGUGGAAAAUGCUUUAUACGAGAAAUUAAGGUAUCUCAAUUUUUUUGGUAUUUGUAUCUUAGAUUUAAGAGUUCAAAUAUUGCUAGAGUACCUUAAAAUAUUAAUGAAGAGUAAAGUUUACUUAAUGGUUUA